UUGAAAGCAUUGAUAAUGAUGCAGGUAGGUAACACUAACACAUAUGUAUAAAUGAUGAAGUUAUUACGCGUAUGUAAUUUUGUUGCAUUUUAGCAAAGAUAUUGUUUUGGAUUUUGGAUCGGUGUUAAAUUACUUUAUGUCCAUUGUUUUUCACAUUUCUUCAUAUCUUUUUUUUUUUUUUACUUUUAUUAGACAAUCGUUUAUCAGUUAUUCGGUUUCAAAUUUUUUGGGGUUUGUUUCUGUUACUCAUGAUUAGUCUUGAGGUUCAAAAAAGCAGAAGAAUGUUUGUUCCUCAAAUUUCAAGUCAGACAAGCAUCUCAUUCUAUAUUUAUAGCAGCUUUCACCCUUGAUACUUUUAAAACUCAAUGCAGCUUUCUUAUGGCAUAGAAUAUAUAUAAGAUGCAUUUGCAAUAAUUCUUUCUUUUAGAAUCACCGAUCUUUGAUCAUGAGGAACAUAGAGAAUUUCCUGUAUGACUGGACAUCCUAAUGGUUCAAUGUGUUUGGACUGAAUAGAUGACGCUCCGAUUGGAUGUUGUUUUCGUAUGCUUUAUCAGCUUGAUCUGUAUUCAGCACAUCCAAUGCGCAAAUGAAAUUUCAGACAUAAACAGGUGGACAUGUACAUGUUACGCAAACAAACUGAAUCAGCAAACCGCUAUUUCAACCAACUGCUCUUCAUCAUGUGAUUGCAUCUCCGAAGAUACACGUCAAAAUAGAUGGAAAUGCAUCUGUUCUGGCAAUAGACUCCCUGAAGUGACUGCAGGCCAUGAAUCCAAUUGUUUCGUUUCCUGCAAUUGCAAUUCCGGACUUUUGGGCGAGUCAGAGUCCUCAAAGAAACAAUUUUCCAGCAAAGCAGUAUUAAUCAUAUUAUUACUAUCCAUGGCGGUGACAACUCUUGCAAUUUUCUCUUCAAUAAUGUGCUAUCUAUACCGAAAGCAUCACUUCCCUAAACAACAACUACCUUUAUCCUCAUACGAUAAAUACACAAGUUACAACAGUAGUACCAAGUUAAUAAGCUAUAAAACAUCUUCCAUCCCGGAAUCAAAAAUAUCCGUUCACUCUCCCACCAAUCCUGUCACAGGGUGUAUAAACAAGACUUCGUUCUUCUUUAGGAAACAACCAAGGACUGUACAAGGAACCAUCACAAACUUUUCUUACUUUGAAUUGGAAACCGCGACCGAUAAAUUCUCAGAUUCUAAUUUAAUCGGAGUCGGCGUAAGCAGUCACGUGUAUUACGGUGAACUGAGAGAUGGUAGACUUGUUGCCGUUAAACGGCUUAAAGCUCAAGGCGGCCCAGAUGCCGAAGUCACUUUUUUAACGGAGAUUGAACUGCUAUCGAGACUACAUCACUGUCACGUGGUACCAUUGCUUGGCUACUGUUUAGAGUAUCAUGGGAAACAACCUCAGAUGCUUCUAGUAUUUGAAUACAUGUUGAACGGUAACCUCAGAGAGUGUCUAGACGGAGUAUCGGAAAAAUGUCUAGAUUGGGGAGCUCGUAUUGCGGUUGCGAUCGGAGCUGCUAGAGGCUUAGAAUAUCUCCAUGAAGCAGCUGCACCAAGAAUCUUGCAUCGAGAUGUUAAAUCUACCAACAUUCUCCUAGAUGAAAACUGGCGAGCAAAGAUUACUGAUCUUGGGAUGGCUAAAAGUUUAGCGAGUGACGGUCUCCCCAGCUGUUCGAGUUCACCUGCUCGAAUGCAGGGGACCUUCGGGUAUUUUGCACCAGAAUACGCUAUUGUCGGAAGAGCAUCGCUGAUGUCAGACGUUUUCAGUUUUGGUGUUGUGCUUCUAGAACUUAUUAGUGGCCGACAUCCAAUUUAUAGAUCAGCUGACAAAGGCGGGGAAGAGAGCCUUGUCAUAUGGGCAACACCUCUUUUACACGAUAGCAAGCGGGUGAGUAAAGAGUUGCCGGACCCACGUCUGAAAGGGAAGUUUGAAGAAGAGGAAUUACAGGUGAUGGCUUAUUUAGCAAAGGAGUGCUUGUUGUUGGAUCCAGACGCCCGCCCGACGAUGAGUGAGGUUGUUCAGAUACUUCUAACCAUUGCACCGGAAAAAUCUAAAAGAAGGAAUUUCUCUUUUGACCGUUAUCAGGACUACACUAUUAGAAUGGAUCGCGAGCUUCAACAAACAUCAUCAAGUGGAUCUUGUUCGUCUGAAUCUGAAUCUUUACAUACUCGUGAUAAAGACGCGAUUACAGACUCACCUGAGCAAGUUGAUGAUGAUAAUGAGACACCUGUUGAUGUUGACUUAACUGAACCCUGGCUUGAAUCCUUCUGUGUGUCUAAUAUUUCAUCUGCAUCUAAAACACAAUGAAAUUUGGGUUUAAUUUAUUGGUGUUUGAUCGUCGGUGAUUAAAGGCCAGUUCAAUCAGUCUAUUGAUUCAUUUCAUUUUAAUUUAUAGAACCACUUUGUAGAAUAUCUAUAGAGAUGUGUGUUACUUGCAAGUCUUUGUAUUUUACAUUCACGCCGCGUUAUAGUUAGUUACAAGUACAACAUUACAAUGCCACAA